AUGACACCACCGAUCAAACGACCGCGACUGGCAUGGCAUCCAGACGUGCCACGUACGGCGGAAGAAGCUGAGAAGCAGCUCGAGGAUGCGCUCAAAUCAAGUCUGCAACGCAUCGCAUGCCCCGUGUGUGGCGAAACAUGGCCAGAGAGUGACAUUGCGCGGCAUGCCAGCGCUUGCGGUGUGUCCUCGAACAAAGACACGACCGUCCAACAGUGGGCAGCCAUCUUUCCUCCCACGAAAAAGCCACAACGCAUACCACCGUACAAAAUGCUGGAUAGCAUGCCGAUCGCUGUCGAUGCUUUUCGGUACGGUGCCAUUGAAGGAUGCUCGGCCUACUUCUUGUCUCACUUUCACUCGGAUCAUUAUGCAGGCCUCUCUAAGCGCUGGGCGCAUGGGCCUAUAUACUGCACGCGUGAAACAGCAAAACUCGCGCAUGAUAUACUGCGCGUAGAUCCCGCCUGGCUUCGGAUGCUCGAUCUCGACACACGCACCCCAAUCCCAGAAGUCCAGGACGUACACGUCACUUGUCUGGCCGCCAACCACUGUCCUGGAUCGUGCCUGUUCCUUUUCGAGGGACCGAGACAAGAUGGAAAAAUGGCUCGUUAUCUGCACUGCGGCGACUUUCGCGCGUGCCCCGCGCAAGCGACGCACAAGGCCAUUCGAAAUGCAUGCCCACUCGAUGCCAUCUAUCUCGACACCACCUACUUAAACCCGCAAUACUGCUUUCCACCCCAGCCGCAGGUCAUCAAGGCAUGUGCGGAUCUCGUCACGUCCAAAACAUCGCCGCUGGUCGUCGUCGGCACAUACUCCAUCGGCAAAGAACGCCUAUUUCUCGCGUUGGCCGAGGCGCUGGAUACCUACAUCUAUUGCGUGGACAAGCGCAAGUAUCAUACCUAUGCCCUGUUGGACGAUACGACCCUGCAAAAGCGCCUCACCAAAGACCCUUUACUGGCUCGCGUGCAUGUGAUGCCAUUGCGCGCUCUAGUGCCGAAUGCAUUGCAGACGUACGCAGACGCCCUCCAAAAACAGGGCCUGACCAUCGCACAAACGCUGGCAUUCCGGCCUACAGGAUGGACGUCACGUCAGACGCGACAGCAGGCGCCCCCGCCCAAGGCACUGACACCACAGCACAUCGUCCCGCCGCCAUUUACUCAACGGCAUCUGCAGCCCACACGGCACGGUUCUGUGCAAAUGUAUGCUGUGCCCUACUCGGAGCACUCGUCGUUCUACGAGCUUAUGGCCUUUCUGCUUCACGUACCACACCACCGCAUGAUACCCACCGUGCCCACCAAGUUUCAGCGCUACGCGGACGUGUGGACGGCGGCAUCCCUGCAUCAGGGGCAUGUACAGAUCGAGGCUCGUUCGACAGACUAUUGGUAA